CCUACAUAGAGCGUAUAGGCUCCGUUCCUAGUUGCUAUGGUUGUUAUGGCCGUUAUGGCGGUUACAAUUUGUUAGAAUUGUUAGGAGCGAUCAAUGAUGUUGGAUGUAUUUUGAAGUUUUGUAUUGUACCACAUUGCUACACAGUUAUUAAAAGACUGCUACAAUGAGUUCUGGUUUCAUCUCGGAAACAGAAUUAGCAGAACAACGGCGUAUUCGACAAGAAGAAUGGGAGAAGGUCCGAAAGCCCGGUCAGCCAGAAGAAUGUCCAGAGGGAGAGUAUGAUCAUCGCUCAUUGUUCGAACGUCUCGAGGAGCAGAAACGUAAACGGGAACUUGAAUAUGAAGAAGCACACAAGCUCAAAAACAUGAUAAAGGGUUUAGAUGAUGAUGAGGUGGAGUUUCUGGACCUCGUUGAUCGCAGCAAAUUGGAAGAAGAGAGACGAAAGUGUGCAGAAGAGGCACGUGAGAUGAAGGACUUCCGAGAUGCGGUCGCAACCCUUCAGGAACGUUCACUGGAGGAGAGGAUUCACACAGAAAUUCGUUCUCGCCCUCCCACUCAGAGUGGUACCACCAGUGGACGCAGCUCUCAGGUGCGACUGCUGGCAGGAGCAGUAGUCAGAAAGCGACCAGCUGAGUGUUCUGCCCAGGUUCCAGACAAGAAGCCUUGUACUGACAACAAAGACAGAGCAGCAGUGAGUGAAGAUGCAGAUUCCUCUGAAUCUCCCGUUACAGCAGCACAGGUCUUGGACACAAAAAGUGGCGAAGAUGUGUUGAAAAAGAGAAAGUAUCCCGAUGAAGAAGUGCAGAAUGGGGACUCCACUUCUGUGGGUCUGCAAUGUAUUGGUAUUCUGCCUGGCUUGGGUGUAUAUCCUGAUUCAAGCGAUAGUGAACAGAGUUCAGAUACGGAUCAAGAACUGGCAUUUCCUUCAGGUUAUGACUUGCUGGGUCGUAAAAUAACACCACAAACCAAAUCAAAGGCUACUACAUCUUCGAGCAAGUAAACCGUUGAGAUAACGUAUGGAUAAGCAGCCAACACUACGUCACUCUGAUGCCUUGAGUACUCUACCAGAGCUGUGCUUGUUUUCAACUCUUGCAGUGAUGUUGAGUAAGCACAGUGCAGCACAAACCAGAACAAACCCUUCAUGUGGGGAUGCAAGUUAACACUUUUACCGUUAGGUGUAUUGAGUUGCACAAUUAAGAGGCAAGUACCACUGUGUGGCACCCCACUUCAUGAUUUUCACUUUUUUGUAAGGAAGUGCCUACUUUUCCAUAAGAUUUGUUGUGGCUAAUACAGUCCCCAAGUUUGUUGGCAAUAACAGUAUGACUAGCAUAUGUAUCUCCAUGAAUGAUACUGCAUGGGGAUUGGAAAAGUUCUGAAAAUCUAGUAUCCGGGUCAGUAUUUUAAUUGUCAGAAAAAGGUGCAUCAGUAUUUCUGUCAGCUACAGUCAGCUUGCAAGAUUUAUUUUUUUCCUGUCAUAGUGUUUGUUCUGAACUCACGCCCAAACCCGACACAAGUUAAUGAGAAAGAUUCAUUUAAAAGAGGCGCUAGGUCUUGUGAGUUACUAAAUUGCCUUGGUUUGCCAUUCUUUUGUGCAAGAUGUAACAAGUGAGAUUGCUGUAAUUCUAAAGGUCAACUAGUGAAUGCCAAAUGGGGAAAUAUUUGCCAACCCAGUUUUUCAGCUUCCCCCCACCAACCCCAGGCACUGCUUUAACCCAUGUAUACGAGGUGUGUUCAAAAAAUGACGGGAAUUUCCGUAUUUUGGAAAAAAUAUUUAUUCAUUCGUCUACAUUAAUGUUGUCGCCUUCAAAAUAGUCCCCAUUCGAUAUUAUGCACUUAUGCCAGCGCUUCUUCCAAUCAUCGAAACACUUCUCAAACUCGAUUUUUGGGAUAGCCUUUAGCUCUUUCAGCGAUGCGCUUUUAAUGUCAUCUAUGCUUGUAAAACGACGGCCCUUUAAGGUUCUCUUUAUUUUUGGAAAUAGGAAAAAGUCACACGGAGCCAUGUCUGGCGAAUAUGGAGGCUGGGGCAUCGUUACAGUAUUGUUUUUGGCCAAGAAUUCACGAACAAGCAACGAAGUGUGAGCAGGUGCAUUAUCGUGGUGCAAAAGCCAUGAAUUGUUUUUCCACAAAUCCGGGCCUUUUUUUCGGAUUGCCUCACGCAAACGGCGUUGAACUUUCAGGUAGUACUCCUUAUUGACCGUUUGACCUUGAGGCAAGAAUUCAUGAUGCACUAUGCCAUUAAAAUUGAAGAACACAGUAAGCAUAACCUUCACGUUCGAACGCACUUGUCGAGCCUUUUUCGGUCUUGGCGAUCCAGGAUGCUUCCACUGAGACGAUUGAGCCUUAGUUU